AUGAUGAAUACUACAGCACCCCCCAUGAGCAGCAUCAGCGUUCCUUCCAGUAUCUAUCCAGCACAAGCGGACCCACAGCAAUACCACCAACAAGCUCAGGCUCAGGCACAGGCUCUACCACCGCAAAGAAGUUUGUCUCCAUCUCCAGAAGAUCAUGGUCAAAGACUGCUUGCCAUGCUGAAUGACGUGCUGCCUCUGGUAGAUGAAGAUCCAGAAAUGCUCACUCUCAUGCAAGAUGUCACUAGAUUGGUGUGUGAGUACCAGUAA